UCCUUGGUUUAGUUUCACGCACUGAAAUGCAAUAUAUUCUGGAAUUGAGAGGACUAUAUGAGGUUUUCGUGGAGAAAAGUUGCGGUGGCGGUCGUCAAACUCAAAUGGAGGGUUUAGGAGAUAGUAUCCCCUCUGUCCAUCGCAAAGUUUUUCUUCGUCUGCUCUCGGACGUCAACCAUGCAUGUCUGCGUCAGGGCUAGGCCUACCCGUACACACAAUUUCGGACAAACCUAACUCUCUCUCUCUUUGAUCAGAAACUCUAAAAUCAUGUGCUACUAUUUCUACAACCGCCACAAAUGCAACGUUAACCUUUGGCGGUGAUUUAGGGAUCAGUUAUUAUGGUUGCAAAAUCCCAAAAUCAUGUAUUUCAACAGGGUGUAAUGAAACAAACUUCUCAGGCGUCUCUAUCUGGACACUCUGCAGAUAAAGCAAUGCAUUUGCCAGGGUUUUCAAGUUCCAACAUACACUGCAGUGAAAUGCACUCGAGACUGAAAGACUUCGGUGAUAUUGACCAAGGGUAUGCGUGUCCUUAUCAGAAAAUACCUGGAUAUAUUGACUUACCUGUUGUAACAAGGGCUGGCCCUGAUCCGAGGCAAGAACGUGUUUUGCCUAUUGAGGACUACCAACAAUGGAGCUGGGCUAAUGGUUGGAGCAGUCCAUUGUAUUAUGCCAGAAAACAGAACCAGGGUUUGCAAUUCUGGAAUUCAUCCUUAACAGGGGAAGCAGUAAUGAACCAGCCAGAUGUCAGCACUUUAUACGGACAUGGGAGGAAGAAACGGGUGCCUUACAAGAAACUACAGCUCAAGGAACUUGAACGAGAGUACACCAUUAGCAAGUUUAUUACCAAGGAGAAAAGACGACAGAUCGCUUCUUACACCAACUUGUCUGAGAGACAAGUAACAAUAUGGUUUCAAAAUCGUCGUGUCAAAGACAAGAAGGUUGUAUCAAAUGUGACAGACGUUAAGACCUUUUUCUGAUUAUUUUUUUAUUCAGCCAUUUAUGAAAUGCUGAAUUAAGUCACACAUACUUUUAGUAAACUGUGGGUAUUUAUAUUGUUUAUAUUAAAUCAUAUAUUUUGUUUUUGGAAUUUUAUUUGUG